AUGCGCACAAGUCUCUACUCCGGGGCCAUGUUCAUGCGCUGCGCCGCCCGAGUAGCGAUAACCUCGUCUUCUUCCUCCUCGACAGCAAUCAUACGACAGUUGCCCGCGGCGACGUCGAUCCAGCAGCAACACCAUCACCACCAUCACGACCACCACCGAUACAUACACACCAGCGAUGCGCGAUCGAAGAAGCCCAGCGGAAGAAGUAGCAGGAAAAACGGUGACGGGCAAGAUGACCGCGCGAGGUCCGCAUCUGCCGCCCGUCCCCCCACGGACAUUGCCAGCCUCGACGUCCUGGGCUCGGUCCCCGCCCCGUCCACCUCGGUGGACGUGUGCAUGCAGGACGGCUUCGGGCUGAACAGCGGAGUCACAAUCUCCGGAGGGGACGGGGCCAUACUCGUCAAUGGCGAGGCCUUUUCCUGGCGUCCGUGGGAGGCGAAUGAUGCUGUUGCUGGUGGUGGUGGUGGAGCGGCCGGGGAGAUGCGGAUGCGGCUCGUCAAUGCCAAGGGACAGUUUGAGGUCCCCGCUGAGUCGCUGGGGAUGCUGGAUAUGCUGUGGCCUCGACCGGACUUGCUGAUCAUCGGCGUGGGCAAAGACAUCCGACCACUCAGUCCAAAGACGCGCAUGGUCCUCGCUGAUAUGGGGUACCGCGUCGAGGUGCUCGAUACGAGAAACGCGGCUUCGCAGUUCAAUAUGCUGGCUACCGAGAGGGGCGCAUCCGAGGUGGCGGCUGUUCUGAUACCAAUUGGGUGGAAGGAGGGCGUGGGAGCGAGCUAUUAG